GUUUGCUACAAUUCAUUCUUAGAUCCAUAUGUUAUUAGCAUUAUUAAAAUGUUCCUUAAAACCCAUUGAAUAUGACUUGGUCCAUGUUUUCUGCCCUGCAGUUCAUUAUCGUUCCACUUGGGGCAGUAGAAGGGCUUUUCCUGCUCAUUUCAAAAUGGCUGCCUCCGUAUCAUCUCAAAACACUUUUAGCGGUAAAAUGUUUCGUUAAUUUUUAACACUUUAAGUUGAGGUUAGCUUGUGUAUUGUUAUAAUUUUUUCCAAAUGACUAUUGUUGGAUUGAAAAACAUCUAAAUUUGUUGAUAAUUAAUAAUUUCUAAUACAGUUUCACCAUGUUAAAAAUGUGUGGAUCAAACUUGAGACAAUGGCUAAAUAAGGUGUUUUUUUUUUUUUUUUUUGGUUUUUUUUUUUUUAUAAUCAUGUUUGAUAUUUCAAUUAAUAGUUAAAUGGGAACUGUUUCAGUGAAGAAAUAAACCAACAGGACAGCAAUAGGUUGAGAAGAUAAAGAAUGAAUGAAAAAAUAUAUAUAUUUUAUACUGUUUUUAGUAAACUUUAGGCUGAUUCUUUUCUUAUUCUAUAAAGAGUAAUUGUCUUAUAUGAGUGGAAAUGGAGUCAGAGCAUUAGCUCAUCCCUCCUGGCAUUUCCUCGUGUGAUCAGGUGACUACACGCACUUCAUCAUUGUUAAUGACAAGUGUAAGUUAAGCAGCAGAGUGGGGUUUCCUCAGGCGCCUAGCGAAGAGCCUCAUGGAGGCUCUGGCUCUGGACGGUCCUGCCAGCUGGUCACUGCUGUUCAGCCACAGGUCAGUUUAAUCAAGUUUCACACGAUCACACAGGAAUCGGUUACGGUUACGAGGUAGUAAAUAAAUUAAAGAUGUCUGCUAAAAAGAAAAAAACGAGUUCGGGUAAAGAAGAAGAAACCAAAGAUGUGGAUGACGAAGACUCGGAGGGUCAGGAACCUAAGCCCAAGAAGAAAAGUAAGCGGCUGAGUGAAUCAAAGGAUGCUGGAAGAUUGAAGAAGAAGUUACAGAACGAUGAAGAGGAGGAACGCAAUUCUGAGGUCCGUGAGACGAAUGUGAGGAAAAAAGAAAGAGAAAAAGGGGAAGUCAACACCAAGAAGAGAAAAGAGAAAGAGAGGAACGGAGAUAAGCUGAACCAUGAAAUUAACAAUAACGAGUUUGGAGAUCAAAAGAAAGGAGAAACCCUUCCUGGUGUGACUGAAAAAAACAAGAAGUUCUCAAAGAAGUCCUCCGUCAGAGACACAAUGGGAUCAAAGGACAAAAAGAAAAAGAAGCAAGAGCAAGCUUCUUCAGACGAAGAGGAGGGGAAGAAGAAAAAGAAAGCAAAGAAGAAGAAGUCUCAAGAUGACAGCGAUGAAGACACCAAGAAAUCAAAAGGCAAAAAGAAGAAGAUUGAAAACUAUGCUGAGAUAUAUGAAAACGAGCUUCGCAGCUAUGAGCCAGAAAAAGUGGAAAACUAUGAGGAUGAGUACCACAAAAAGAAAGUAUAUGAGGUGGUGACCAUCACUGGAGACGAGAGAGGAGCAGGCACGGAUGCCAACGUUUUUAUCACUCUUUUUGGAGAAUAUGGCAUCACACCCAAGGUCCACCUGGCCAGCAAGAGCCGGACAGCCUUCGAAAAGGGCAAAACAGAUGUUUUUAGAAUAAGAACUCACAAUGUUGGACUUCUAAAAAAGAUAAGGAUUGAACAUGACAACACCGGCAUGAGCGCCAGCUGGUUCCUCGACAGAGUCGUGGUGACAGAUGUGCUUCGGCCUCACCUGAGGUUUUACUUUGCCUGUAAUAACUGGCUGAGCAAAACGGAGGGAGAUGGUAUUUUUGUCAGAGACCUGCUGGGCAGCACAGACCCCAUGGACAUACCCAAAUACAAUAAAUAUUUGGUGAGUGUUUUCACUGCCGAUGUCAAAGGCAGUGGCACAGAUGCAGAUGUUUUCAUCAACAUUUUUGGGGAAGCGGGCGACACAAGUGAGAGGCGACUCGACAGUGACAAAAACAACUUUGAAAAGAGUACAGAGGACAAAUUUACUAUUGACGCACCAAACCUGGGUAAAAUUAGGAAAAUCACAAUCGGUCAUAACAACAAAGGCUCCUCUGCAGGAUGGUUUGCAGAUAAGGUGAUUUUAGAUGAUAUGGGAAACAAAGUUGUGUACGAGUUUCCCAUCAAUCGGUGGUUUGCACUCGAUGAAGAUGAUGGCAAGAUACAGAGGGACAUUCUGGUGGGAGCAAACCAACCCACAGGUAUUGUGUACAACGUCCAGAUUGUGACAGGAAACAUUCGAGGAGCUGGGACCAAUUCCAAAAUUCACAUCGUGAUGCACGGCACCAAAGGCAUGAAGAACAGCGGCAAGGUGUUUUUGGAGGGGGGGAGCUUUGAGAGGGCGUUGACGGACAUCUUCGUGGUUGAGAUCGCUGCCCUCCUCAGCCCCCUCAGCAGAGUCACCAUUGGACACGACAAUGAUGGGCUCAGUGCCGGGUGGUACUGUGAGAAGGUGGUGGUGUACUGUCCAUUCACAGGAAUAGAGCAGACCUUCCCGUGUGGAAAGUGGCUUGACGAAAAAGAAGGCGACGGACUGAUAGAGAGGGAGCUUUAUGAGAUGGUGUCACUCAGGCAGAAGAGGCAGAAGAAACACCCGUGGUCUCUGUGGAUUUGGACGUCAGACCUGCCCAGCGCAGGAACCGAUGCAGACAUCUCGUUCCAGGUGUAUGGAGACAAGGGCAAGUCAGACGAGAUCAGGCUGGACAACAAGAGCGACAACUUUGAGCAGGGACAGAUAGACAAAUUUAUGGUGGAGUUGCCUGAUUUGGGGAAACUGACCAAACUUCGGAUUUGGCAUGAAAAGAGAAGUGCUUUUGCGGGAUGGCAUCUCAGCAAGGUGACCAUAAUAAAGACCCUUACGAAGGAGAAGUACACAUUUCCAUGUGAGCGCUGGCUGGACAUCAACGAGGAUGACAAUGAAGUUGUGCGAGAGCUUCCUGCCACUGGAGACCUCAUCGAUGAGCCGCUGCCCUUGAUCAAAUACAGAGUGACGGUAUGUACGGGGAACUUUGGUGGAAGUGGAACGGACGCAUCAGUUUUCCUUAAUCUGAUUGGAGAGCAGGGGGACACCGGAGACCGGCAGCUGGUCAACUGCAAAAACAACGCCAACAAGUUUGAGAAAGGAAACUUUGAUGAAUUCAUAGUGGAGGCCGUGAACCUCGGGCCGAUCCGCAGGCUGAGGAUCGGACACAACGGCAAAGGCAGAGGCUGCGGCUGGUAUCUGGGGAAGGUGACUGUGAGAGAGGAGGGACAGGCGGAAGCACAUGCUGUGGAGUUCCCCUGCAACAGGUGGCUGGACCGCUAUGAGGAUGAUGGACAGAUAGUCAGAGAGCUUGUGCCGUUUGAAGAUGGCCAGCGUCUUUACAAUAUCAACUAUCAUAUUGCUGUGAAGACCGGCGACAUCCCUGGAGGCAGCUCCGACUCCAACGUGUUUGUGAAAUUCUACGGAGAGAAGGGCGACUCCAGCAAAACAAUGCUGGUGGUGUCGUCCAACGAUUUGGGGAACUACUUUGAAUCGGGUCGAGUUGACAUCUUUACCGUGGAGACUUAUGACAUUGGACAGAUCAACCGUCUGAUCAUUGGACACACCAACAACGGCAUGAAUGCUGGCUGGUUCUUGGACAGCGUUCAGAUCAUGGUUCCAGUUCAUGGCAAAAAUUACAUGUUCCCCAGUCACCGGUGGCUGUGCAAGGAUAAGGCUGACGGGAAGACGGAGGUGGAGAUUUACCCGAGCGAGAUCAUCGAGCUGGAACAAUUGAUGAACUAUGAAAUCACUGUGAUAACUGGAGAUGUGAUGUUUGCUGGUACCAAUGCCGACGUGUUCAUCCAGAUCUACGGAGACAAAGGGAAGACGGAGGUCAUCACCCUCCAGAGCAGAUCCAACAACUACGAGCGAAACACAAUCGAAAUAUUUAAGAUAGAAGCCAAAGAUGUGGGGAAGAUCUUCAAGGUACGGAUCGGUCACGAUGGCUCCGGCACUGGAUCCGGCUGGUUCCUGGAGUCGGUGGACGUCAAACACCUCAUCAUGGCUUUGGUUCCCAAGGAGAAGAAGAAAGAGGACAAGAAGAAGAAAAAGAAGAAGAAGAAAGAGGAGGAGGAUGAGGAAGUGGAAGAGGAGAUGCAGGAAGUGGUGCUGGCCUACCAUUUUCCCUGCUCACGCUGGCUGGCUGGAGGAGAGGAGGACGGAGAGCUGGUGGUGGAGCUGCUGCCUGAAGAUGAAGAGGAUCUUGAAGCUAACACCUAUGAAGUGUGCGUCUUCACCGGUGACAUGCUCGGAGCUGGGACGGAUGCCAACGUGUACAUAAAUAUUUAUGGGGAGAACGGAGACACCGGAGAGCGCUCCCUGAGGAACUCUGACAACCUCAACAAGUUUGAACGGGGGCAGGAAGAUGUUUUCAUCGUCACAGCUGUAGAUUUGGGCACUUUGAAGAAACUACGCAUCCGUCAUGACAACUCGAGCUCUUUCUCAUCCUGGUACCUGGAUCGCGUGGAGAUAGUGGACACAAAGGAUGAUACAGUAUACUUUUUCCCCUGCAACCGCUGGCUCGCCGUGGAUGAAGAUGACGGCCAGAUAGCAAGAGAGUUGGUUCCUGUGGAUGAAGCCUUUAUGAGGAGGGAUGAGGAGGAGGGAACAGGAGCAACUCUGGGUCUGGAGCAGAAAUCAAUGUCUACCACAUACACGGUUAAGAUCAAAACUGGAGAGAAAAAGUACGCUGGGACUGACGCCAAUGUCUUUGCCAUCCUCUUCGGUGAAAAUGACGACACGGGGAUCAUCAAUCUGAAGGCUUGUAAAAACUACAAAAACAAGUUUGAGCAAGGGAUGAUCAAUGAGUUCACAGUGGAGGCUGUGGACUUGGGUGACCUUGAAAAGCUUCGAAUUGGACAUGACAACUCGGGUGAGAAGAUCAAAGAAAUACAAUUCCUUAAAGGAGAGAUUCUGAUUCAUCUUUUUUUUUUUCCAUCAGGGGGUUCACCUGGUUGGUUUUUGGACUGGGUUGAGAUCGAUGCCCCCUCUCAGGGUCAGAAAAUGCGGUUCCCGUGUGGCCGCUGGUUGGAUAAAGGGGAAGAUGACGGUGCCAUUGUGAGGGAUCUUUAUCCUGCUGAGCUGCAGACUGAACUCUACACGCCAUUUGUGCCGUAUGAAAUAAAAAUAUUCACCACGGACGUGUUUUGUGCGGGCACGGAUGCUGACGUGUCCAUAGUCCUGUAUGGUCAAAACGGGCUCUGCACGCAGCAGAAACACUUGUGUGUCAACAAAAGAGAAAGACGGAUGUACUUUGAGAGAGCAGCCGAGGACAUGUUCAUCAUUGAGCUGGAAGACGUAGGUGAUGUUUUGGAAAAAAUCAGGAUCGGACAUGACAACAGGGGUACCAACCCAGGGUGGCACCUUGACAGAGUGGAGAUCAGGCGACAGCUCCGGAAGGGAAAGGGGUCAGAGACGACCGUAUUUCCCUGUGAGUGUUGGCUCGCCAAGUCUGAGGACGACGGGGAGACGGUGAGAGAACUCGUCCCUUCAUACAUCAUCACAGAGAAACUCAUGAGGGACGGGACGCUGAAGACGUCGGAAAUCGAUGUGGAGGAUGCUCUUGAGAUUCACAUGUAUAAGGUUUCCGUGCGGACGGGAGACAUGUACGGAGCUGGAACCGAUGCCAACGUCUUUCUGACCAUCUAUGGAGAUCUGGGAGACACCGGAGAACGCAAACUCGCCAAAUCAGAGAACAACAAGAACAAGUUUGAGAGAGGAGAAGUGGACAGAUUUACCAUCGAGGCUGUGGAUCUGGGCCAGGUCUUUAAGAUACGCAUCCGCCAUGACAAUUCCAUGCUAGGAGCAGACUGGUACCUGGAUCAGGUGGAGGUGUCGGAUUUGGAAACAGAGGAAGUCUAUAUGUUCCUGUGUGAGCGCUGGCUGUCAACAAAGAAAGAGGACAAACAAAUAGACAGAAUCUUCUACGUCAAAGGGUAUGAAGGUGAAAGGAAUACUGAUCAGUAUUUCAAGAAGAUUUCCCAGACCAAGCAAGGACUGGACAAAAACGCCAAUAAGAAAAAAAAGAAGAAAAAGGUGGCGAUGGCCGACGAGGGUCCAAUAAUUCCUUAUCACUUCUCACUGUCUACUGGGAGUGACCACGACGCCACGACCACAGCCAGAGUCUAUGUCAUUGUCAUCGGCCCCAACGACGUUGAGACGGACCGACUGUGGCUGGACCUGCCGGAGGGGAAGACAUCCUUUGCAGCUGGCUCCAUGGACCACUUUCUGUGCUAUGGAACUGACGUAGGAGAGAUCAAGAGGGUGGAACUUGGCCAUAAUGGUGUCACACCAGAAAGCUGCUGGUUGGUGGAUGAGCUGUCUGUUGCCGUGCCAACCAAAGGUAUCAUGUACAUUUUUCCAUGUAAGUGCUGGCUGGCUAAAGACAGGGGAGACGGCCUGACUGCCAGACUCUUCAAUGUGCUGGACUCCACCACAAUCAAUAUCAUUCGUAAAGUUGUUUACUCUGCCACAGUUGUCACAGGAGACGUUCAGUAUGCAGGCACGGAUACUAACAUCUUCCUGACUGUGUAUGGAGCCAACGGGAGCACCGAGGAAAUGCUGCUGCCCAAAAAUGGAGACAGGUUUGAAAGAGACCAAGAAGACACUUUUGUGCUGGAGAUAGAUGACAUUGCUCCUCUGAAGAAGAUCCGAGUUCGGAUCGACGGCACCGGCAGCCGGCCUGACUGGUUUCUGGACAGGAUCCUCAUGCGGAAUCUGAAUACUGAGGAGGAAUAUUUGUUCACCUAUGAGAACUGGCUGUCCAGCACCAAAGGACCGAAGAGGAUCAAAGUGUGUGAGCUGCCAGCUGUGGUUGAUGAUGAGGAGAUGGUGGAGAAAACAACCUACGUCAUCCAAGUCCAAACCAGCGACCUGGCAGGUGCCGGUACCGACACCAACGUGUUUUUGAUCGUCUUCGGGGAGUUCGGUGACACCGGGACGUUGCCCCUGAAAGAGAGCGGCAACCGGAACAAGUUUGAGCGGAAAACAAAGGACGUGUUUCGAUUUCCUGACAUGCUCAGUCUGGGUGAACUGUCGAAGGUCAGAGUGUGGCACGACAACAAAGGUCCUGCUGCUGCCUGGCACUUGGACUUCAUUGAUGUGAGAGAUGAAGCGAUGGACCAAACCUUCAGGUUCCCCUGCGACCGCUGGCUGGCUAAAAACGAGGACGAUGGGCAGAUCAUGAGGGAGCUGGCCUGUGCCAACAAUGACUCCGUGGACCUCAGCGACAAAACCAAAUAUGAAAUUGCCACAACAACUGCUAACACAAGUGACGCCUCGACCACGGAAAACGCCUGGAUUCUGUUGGAGGGACGGAAAGCCCGUUCCAAGGAGUUUGUUCUAGAGAAUAAGAAGAAGAAGUUCUUACGUGGUGCCAUCGACGUGUUUGAGUUCUCAUCCAAGCAUGUGGGGAACAUUGUCAGCAUCUGCAUCGGCCAUAUAACCAAAGACGGAAAAAAAGUGAAGAAAGAAGUUUUCUGGCACGUUCUGGAGGUGGUGGUUACAGAAAUGGAGCUCGGAAACAAGUAUUUCUUCCACUGUGAUGCACAAAUCCCGCUGACUGCCAAAAAGGACAGUUUUCUGACCUUCGAGUGCUACAAAUCAGUUGAGAGCUUUGCAAGUAAAGUCCGCAACCUGGUUCCGGUCAAAUACGGCGUCAUUGUAAUAACUGGGGAUGUGAAAGGUGCUGGCACGGACUCUAACGUCUUCAUCACCAUCUAUGGCGUCAACGGGGACUCGGGCAGGCGUGAGCUGAAGAAGAAGUUUCGCAACCUGUUUGAGCGGGGGCAGACGGACUCUUUCGUCUUGGAGAUGCUGGAACUCGGCGACCUCCUGAGAGUUAAGGUGGAGCACGACGGCAGCAGCCCAAACGGCGGCUGGUUCUUGGAGUGCGUGGAGGUGACCAACACCGCUACUUCAGUCACAACCAUUUUUCCGUGUGGGAAGUGGCUGGACGCUAACAAAGCUGACGGUCAGAUUCAAAGGGUGAUUUACCCCAAAUAUUAGGGUGAGAUGUAUUAGAAGUCUUUGGUUACUGUAAAGGAGAACUGGACUGAGUGACCUCUUCCUUCUGGCAUUCCAAAUAGGACAGGGGUGGGCAAACUUUUUGACUAGUGGGCCAAUUCUGAUUUCAUUGAAGUUGCACCAAUGGGUUGAUGUUCCCCAUGGAAAAUAAAGAAAUACCGCGUUCAUGUGGUGUUGGAAUGAUCCAAAAAUGACUGUCUGACUCGGAAAACACACAUGAAACGCUGACCCCGAUCGAUUUACUUGGCUUGAACAUGGCGCCGUCCAUAUCACAAAAAUGGCGACUGAAUUGACUUCCUUUCAUUGUAGCUGGAAAUAAUCAUUUUUCUAGUGGUGACAUCACACUCACUCUGUCCAGUUCUCUUGUACAGUCAAAUGGUAUGAACAGAUUUCCUCGUUUAGGUCUGUGAUGUCUUAUUAAGUGUCUUUGUUUGGGUUGGAAAAGAUAGAAAUAUCUGAGAUUAAUGUUCAUUUUUAAGAAUCAGUGUUAUUUUUAAAGUUUGUGCCAAAUGUUUGGACCUUCCUCUUCUUAAAAAUAAACAUUUUCUACCAUUUGUUUCUCUUUAUGCUUGAGUUGA